AUGGACAGUCUUAUCCAUCGAUUUCGUCAACACGUAGAGCUACGCCCCACCUCCGUCGCGGUCCAGGACGACUCCCUCACUCUCACUUUCCAGCAAUUAGAUAUAUGGUCCAAUGUUCUUGCUCACAAAAUUGCUUUGAGUUCAACAAGCCCAUCGGAGAAAAUUGCCAUCUGCAUCCCUCGUUCGACUCUCCUACUAGUAUCCAUUCUGGCAAUUGUCAAGGCUGGAUUUGCGUACGUACCUCUCGAUCCAUCCGCUCCUUUGGCUAGAGUCGAGGAUCAAGUGUCCCAAUGUGACCCUCAACUUCUGAUAGUUGCCUCUGGGCUCACUGGCGACCACCUCUCUGAGGUUUUCAAUCGUCCAAUAGCCUUGGAUAUUGCUUCCAUUGUUACCACCUUAUCUGUAAAUGAACACGAACAUCCCUUUUCACUUGCCACAAAUAUCGAUAACACCGCUCUCCUCGCUGUUAUCUUCACUUCAGGCAGCACUGGAAGACCAAAAGGAGUGCUCAUCGAACACGCUAGCAUGAUUAAUCUUGUGGAUGGUCCUACCUUGGAAAUCCGACCAGGUGAUCGUGUCGCUCUGACAGCCAACCCCUCAUUCGAUGCUGCCUCCUUCGAGAUCUGGAACAGCCUCGUUCAUGGCGCAACCAUCUUCAUCUUGACAGCACACCUCGCAGAUACAGACGCUGUUGCAGCCUUCUUUCGAGAAAAGCAGAUUCAAAAGGCCUUUCUUCCUACUGCCGUCUUUCAUCGUCUAUUUGGUGAUGCCAAUGUCGCGGCCUCCCUUAAUGCCACGCUCCGCAUGAUCAACAUUGGUGGGGAGAAGCUCAGUACUGCAGUCGCAAAGACAUUCCUACGACAUGCUCCUGAUGUUCGUUUGAGAAACGGGUAUGGUUCGACGGAGACAACAGUCUGUGCUACUGUUUUUGAAGUUACUCGAGAGGCUCUCCAAUUUGACGACGAUAUCGAUAUGCCAAUCCCCAUUGGUUGUUCGAUACCAAACACUCGAUUUUUCCUCUUGGAUGAGGACCUUCAGCCGGUGGACUUUGGACAUGAAGGAGAGAUAUGCAUCAGCGGAGCAGCACUCGCCCGUGGUUAUCUCGACUCGCCCAAAGUUUCGUCUAGCAAGUUCACUUCUGUGACGGGUCUCGAAGGAUCAACUGAGAUCACCAGAAUAUACCGAACUGGCGAUGUCGGCAAACUUGUGUCUUCUCCUAGCGGACCUAUACUGGUCUACGUGGGCCGAAACGACAACCAAAUCAAGAUUCGUGGUCAGCGAUUGGAACCUGGAGAGAUUGAGGCUGUUCUGUGCAGCAAAAGCGACAGCGUCGGCGAAGCUGCAGUGAUAGUAACUGAAGACGAGAAGAUGAUUGCUUUCGUGGUUAAGAAGAAUAUGCCUGAUACUGGCGCUUCGAAUGAUGCAACGAAGUUGGCAGUGAAUCAAGAGGCAUGGGAUGCUUUUCAUGCUCAAUACGACUGGGAAAACAUCGAUCCCUCGCGCAUAGGUGCAGAUUUCACGGGUUGGGUUAGUAUGUAUGAUGGCGUUCAAAUACCCCUACCAGCCAUGGAAGACUGGCUUGCUGACACUCUGGAGGGAAUUCCCGUGAAACCUGAUGAUUCGGUUCUUGAAAUCGGCUGUGGGACCGGCAUGAUUUUAUUUUCGAUAGAAUCUCGCUGCAAACAUUAUAUCGGUAUUGAUAUGUCUGGUCCCUCUUUGGCCUUUGUCCAAUCUCAGAUCGCACGUCGUGAUCUUGCGAGUAAGGUGCAGACAAUCCAAGGCAUGGCAGACCAGCUGGCAGACUUCCUUCCGACUGAAACUCGAGUCGAUAUGGUCAUCUUGAACAGCGUCGUCCAGUAUUUCCCAUCUCGAGACUACUUAGAAAAUGUUUUACGUCACUGUGUGGACAAGCUGAACGAUGGCGGUCGCAUAUUCCUCGGCGAUCUUCGCGCCCUUGGCCUUGAUAUGCACCACGACUUAGCGCGAUUACUUCACUGCGAUCCCUCCCCUGACUUAUCCGCUGCUGAGAUAAAAGAACGACUCGGGUUAUGGGAAAAUCAACAGAACGAGUUCAAGACGAACCCAUCGUUUUUCUUCCAGCUUCAAGAAAAACUUGGAGGUCGCAUUUCACACGUCGAAAUUCUUCCUAAGAUGAUGACCACUGAAAACGAGCUCAGUCAGUUUCGUUACCAAGUUAUUCUUCAUAUCGGCCCUCAACCUACCUCGGUUGCACCGACCCAAUGGAUCCAAUACAGUACGAUCUCAGGGUUAAAGCAUUUGCUAGCCGUAUGCAAUGAUCAAAUCUUGGCGGUAGGCGACAUCCCAAAUUCCUUCGUUUGCAGGCAAGAGGUGAUGCUGCAACUGCUACGCAAUGACAGGCCGCCGUUGACCGCAUUAGAGUUGACUGAAGCUGCAGCCACUUCAGAAUGGUGUUCCCAAGCUCUGUCGCCUCACGAAAUUAGGUCUCUGGGUGCCCAGUACGGAUGGCACGUCGCUCUCAGCUGGAAAUCGUUAGGUGUCACCCGCACUCUAGCAGCAGUAUUUUCUCGCGAUCCUACGAUCAAGCCUAAAUUUGGAGGCGAGAAUCUGGACAGCCAACCAACUAACCAACCCGUCGAUGCAAGCCCCGCUAAGUCUUCGUCAGACGAUGAUCGAUUACUGGCUACCACGUUGCGAGAACUUUGCCGAAACCAACUCCCAAGUUACAUGGUACCUGACCAUGUUCUCAUCAAAGAUGCUCUACCUUUGACGAGCAAUGGGAAGGUAGAUCGUAGAUUACUCGCCCAGCGUAGCACAUGGGCCCAGGACGUCGAUUCUAAUGACCAAGUGGUCGGGGCGUGUCAGCCAAUGGAUGACACCCAGGCUCGAGUUCAGCUCUGUGUUGGUGAGGUUCUAGAAGUCGAAUUUAAUAAGAUUCCUCUCGAAAAGGAUUUCAUAGAAUUGGGCUUGCAUUCGUUCCGCGCACCCAAACUUUUGGUAGCUCUGCGCUCCGAGUUUCAAUUGGAAGUCUUACCUUAUGCAACAGUUUACAAAUAUCCAAACGUUGCCGCUCUGAGCGCGCACUUGGAUCAACAACUGAUGUGCAAGUCGAAUGGGAAUGAAGGGUCAAUCUCAUCAAUUCCAAUAGGUUCCCGCAAACGUCGCCAUGUUGAGUACGAUCAAGGUGCCCUGGACACGGUUUUGCAGGUCCGGGGUCUCAGCAUGAGCGAUGUGGAUGACGUCUACGAAACCACUGGUAUCCAGCGAUUUUGUUUGAAAGAUUCGAGGCCUAGCAUUUACAUGAUACAUCAACUCUACACUGCGCACACGGAUGUCGACAUUCUCAUUCAGGCGUUAGACACGAUCCUCUCGCGACAAACCAUCUUGCGUACCACUAUGUUCGACAACAAUAAACACCAGGUUGUCUUCCGAUACUCCCCAAGUCUUCGAGACGAAAUCAUCAGCGUUCAUGCAGCAGAAGAUGCCCGAACCAUCCAGGACGUUCUCAACGCUGGACAUCACGUUUUCUCUCCGCCUGAUAAUCUGGUACAUUUUGAUGUCUAUAAGACCACACCUGUUACCGUCCUGUAUCACGUCCAGCACGCUCUUCUUGACGCUUGGAGUCGCACUUACUUCUUCACCGAAAUCGAAAGUGUCAUCGCUGGACUUCCUCUCCCCAAAGCUGUACCGUUCCGUAAUUUCGUUGAUUAUGUAGUUGCAGAAAACCACCGCACUGCUUCUGCCACUUGGUUCGCCGAUUACUACUCGAAUUUAGAUGCAAUCCCAUUCCCCGCUUCCGGAGAGGCUUCAUCUUUUACAACUUCCUCUGUACUUGGCCAAAAUUUAGAACGCGAGGAACGUGUCCCAGAUCUGAUGAAAAUUCCUCAGGAGUAUGGCAUCCAAUCAGCAACCCUUAUGAAAAUCGCAAUGGCGAUGGUCAUGCGGAACGAGACCAAAAAAGACACCGUGGCGUUUGGACAGAUUUAUCUCUGCAGAAAUGCAGCAGUUGAGGGCAUUACACAGAUAUGUGGCCCAACCUUCAACUAUCUGAUCGACUCCGUCGAUUUUCGGCCUGGUGAAACGGUGCUUGAGCUUCUCCGUCGUACCCAACUCAUUCAACACGAAAUGGUGGACAGGUCUUUCGUAGAUCUCGAUGCAGUACAAGAUGCUGUCGAUGUGGAUUUGGGGCCUUUCUUACGAUUUUCAUGGAGCUCGCGAUCUGAAGAAGAACCGACCAGUGAAACCCUUUUGCAGGCUGGUCCACUAGGUUUGAAGAGCGACCUGGCAGUUGAUUGGACAACUGUUAUUGAUAACGAGCAAGUGAAGAUUCUGGUGGAUUAUGACCCGCUCUUUUCUGAGCGGAUGGUAAGCUAUACAGAUAAAUUCUAUAGGGCUGCCCGUUGGCUGGUUGCCAAUAUUGGAGCAAGCUGUUUAGAUGAUAUGCACCUAGACGACAAUGUCAAGGUCGUCGGUUGAAAUCAUGAUCUGCUCUUUCACAAGUUCCGCCUGAUAUAUGUUUGUACUGUAUUUUGAAAAGCAUGACAAGACAGUAAUAAUGUUCUGCAGACGGGAAAUGUCCUAAAUAGCUGUAUCAU